CCGCGACAGCUCGGCUCGGGCCGACAGACGCGUCCGCGACACCAAGUAGGAAAGUACCGUUUUCUCUCCGCGCAAAGAGAAUCUCGAACAGCGGCACUAUACGACGAGACGACGGCUAUCACAUAUACCUAUUGCUCUUUAUUAUUAUAUUAUAUAUCAUUCGUCGACUUUUCCUCGACUUCACAUCGAGUUUCUAUAAACAUUUCUGGAAAUUACAACGUUAUUUGGAAACAUUUCGAAGGAACAGUGUACUAAAGUGAUACAAAACAGUGUGUUCCUACGACUCAACCAACAUUGUUAAUUUCUUUGAAAUCUCUCAAAGAGAGAUCAGUGUUUCUUUGUUCAUAGUGUAAUCCAAAGGUGAAUUACGAAGGUGAAAUAUCGUAAUUAAUUCUACGUCAUCUUUCUUUGGGAUAAAAGAAUUUCGAAGAUCGUUUGUUUCAUAUCGUGGAUAAUAUUCUAUAAAAGGUUUAUUCCUUUUAAAAGUUUAUACAUCGCAGGAAUUAAGAUAUUAACGAUCUUCGUGAAGUCUAUUUUGAUUCGUUCAGUUCGAAGAACGAUCCUGAAAGAAGAGUCCACUCGGAGAAUAGUUUAAUCUUUACACUUGCGAUUGUUGUAAGGUGUACGGUGAGAGAGAGAGAGAGAGAGAGAGAGAGAGAGAGGCGCGCUUAGGUCGAAGAUCGACGGCCGACGGUGCGCCGUUGAUAUGCGGUACGUCUCAAAUCUCUUAGCAUCGUGAUUUUUUCGAGUGAAGACUCCUGAAAAAAGCUAGACCAAAUGAGAGGUCUGGCAAGGCACACUCCAGGUGAGAGAAGCACGGGAUGGAUCCAUGGGACAAGGCUUAUUUCGCUGGACAACUUUGAAAAGUACCGAACGAAAUCUGAAAACGAUCGAGUCUGAUCGCCUUGUCGAUGUUGCAACUUAACUAUCAUCGAAAUUCUCAUCGUAAAUCUUUUUUCAUUGUGAGUUCAUCGUAAAAUAUCAUCAAUUGGAUCCUGUCUACGUUCUAUCUACGAUUUAUCCAAGAGAAAUCGUUUUCGUUGGAUCCAAAAGGGAUUAGCGUAUGAGACAAAUCGCCAAUAAAAAAAAAAAAAAAAAAGUUCAAGUGCUAAAGUGGAUGUGGUGGCCGUGCGACGAAUUGGUGGAAGGUGGUUGUUGUGGACGACAUCAACGACGACGACGCCGACGAAAGUGCAAGUGUUCACGUUCCUUUUGCGGUUGUUGUUAUUGUUAUCGUUAUUUCGUUGUUCUCAUUGUUGAGUCCAAGUGGCCGUACUGACGGUGCUCGUCCUCGUUCACGUUUUUACGAUGGUUUCCAAGUCAUUUAUGACCCUGGUGUUCCUCGUGUGCCUACAAACGGUUUUACUCUCCACCGUGAGCAACUGCGCGAAGGCGAUCAGCUUAUAUUGGAACACCACGAAUUCGAUAUUUCGAAUAGACAACACGGAUCAUAUAAUAGACGUGAACAAGAACAACGCGGUGUUCGAGUACGAUCAAGUGAACAUAAUUUGUCCGAUGUAUAAAUUGGGCACAUAUGAUCCAGAGAAAUAUCUCAUUUACAACGUGUCCAAGGAGGAGUACGAGACGUGUCGAAUAACAAACCCAAAUCCUCGCUUAAUAGCAAUUUGCGACAAACCAUACGAGGAUAAGUACUACACGAUCACCUUCAGGCCAUUCACGCCGCAACCGGGGGGCCUCGAGUUCCUGCCUGGCCACGAUUACUACUUCAUCAGCACCUCGUCCAAGGAAGAUCUACAUAAGCGUAUCGGCGGACGAUGCACCUCCGACAACAUGAAGGUUGUCUUCAAGGUUUGCUGCAGCAACGACACCUCCUCCUCAUCCGCCACGUCUCGCAACAACUCCGUAGCCGUGACCAGCAGCACCGUGCCCAGCAGCAGCUCAACGAGCACCGCGGUUUUGGGCGGAGGAGCUGGUGGUAUGAUGCCACCACCACCGCCACCGAGCGUCCUCAAGGGUGGAGAACGAUUCUACCCGGGAGGCAACAUUCAUCAUCAUCGCGAUCAUCAUCAACCGGCUACGGUGAUGCCGACCCACGUUCCCCCUUCAGCGUUGUACCCUGUACAUCCGCAUCAGCCACAGCCUCCGAUUCACAAUGGACCCCCGUCUGUCUCCUCGCCGCCAAAGACCUCGAUUGGACAGAAGAAAAAGAAUAAGGAAUACUCCGAUCAUCCUAAUGAGGUGGUGAAGAACGAAGAACUAACGUACAACGGCGCGACGUCGUAUGGGUUCGGGCAGGUCCUGUUCCUGAUGGUCUCUAGCGUUUUGAUAAGUGUUCUCAUGCCGCAAUUGCUGCGGUGAAGCGACGACAUUACCAACGAAGAGCGUAUCCCAUGCGUCGAACCCCUUCUUCUGUGAUUAUCCUACGUUUAAUUAAUUUCUUGAGGCACGCAGCGCCUCUAUCGUGCGCUGCAGGCCCUCGAUCGUGGGACACGCGCGCAGAUCAACCAUCAUUCGGUUUGACCCGAGACCGAAUACUGAGAAGGAAAGAAGAAAUAUCUAUUAGAUACUGCUGGUAAGAAGGUAUAGAUAUAUAUACAGAUGGACCUAGAAAGACUACGUGUCUGAAUAAAAGACUCGUGGCAAAGCCAUAUUAAUUACUAAUAAAAAAGGAAAGACAAGCGGGAUGGCGUAUAGAUGUCGAGAUGGUCAAGCAAGACGACGAACGACGAAGAAAGAUGAAGGAGAGCGAAGAAAAAAAAAUGUUGAAAAAAAAAAGAUGAAGAAAAAGAAAAGAAGUAACAAGGAGAAACGCUGCUACUAGAUACUAUUAUAGUACGCCCACUAUUAUCACUACUAUAAAUGGUAGUCGUAUUGGUUGUCCUUCGUAUCGUUACGCUAAUUCUAGGUAUUUAUUCGAAAUACAAGAGAGCGUGAUAAAAGAGAGAGAGAGAGAGAGAGAGAGAGAGAGAGAGAGAGCGAGUGUAUGAAAGUAAUGUGUGACGCGUGAGAAAAGUUGUGUGCGAGUAGCGUGUUAAAUAUCUUCGGAGCGAAUAACGUUAGCCGCGCAUACGAGUUAUAAUCUAGCCAGAAAAACAAACGAACCUUCGUCGAAUCGACGGAAGACGAAACUUAAACGAUUUUUCUCGACAAGAACAAUGAGAUUAUCCAUCGUUGAAGAACUAACGUUGAAUCGUUCUAACGGUGAAUCGUUCCAGCUCGUUUCCCAUUUGAAUCGUCCUGCGCGUUUACCUGUACAUUCGUUGACCCACGAUAAUUAACACGCCUGUAAAUAAAUUCCUAACAAAUAUGUACAAGUGACUCCAGCGGCUUCUUCGAGUUGCAAGGAGAUUUAGGAGAGUGCCGUAUACUAGACGAAUCUUAUAUAUGACGCACGAGAGAGAGAGAGAGAGAGAGAGAGAGAAAGAAAGAAAGAAAGAAAGAUAGAGCGCGUAAAUUCCCACUAAAAGUAAAGACCCGUUUGCGAAAUUUAUACAACAAAAACGCGAGAACGAUCCAUCGUCGAUAUUGAAAAUUUCAUAAAAUCGAGCGACAGUUCAAUGGAUUUAUCCCGAUCAUGUGCAUCGAUUCAAAUUUGACAAAUCGGCGAUUGUCGACUAUCUCUUCUCGCCUCGAUCGUGGCAAAAAAUAUAUAUUAUCCGUGCGAGAGAGAGAGAGAGAGAGAGCGAGAGAGGGAGAGAAAGAGAGAGAGAAAGAGAGAGAGAAAGAGAGAGAGAGAGAGUUUAAGCGCCAAUGAGAUAAUUCUCUGUGAGUGCGUGAAAAUUGCGAGAAUGUGAAAAUUUGUAUAAUACCUGUACCAUAUUGAACUCUAUCUAUAGAUCUGUAUUAUAUUUAUUAUCCGCUAUUAUUAUACUACGAAUAUUCAAUCGAUAUUCUAUAUUUACUAGUAAAAUAUUAAAUUUAAUAGCGAAUAAAUUGCGUAUCGACGGUGGGAGACAAAGGGAAACAGAGAAAGAAAGACAGAAAAAGAAGGCUUAUGAGAAAGGAGAACAAUAAAGACUCGAGGCCUCUUAUUCUCAACGUACGGCUAAACUCUCGUCUCAUUUGUUGUUUUUUUUUUUUUAUACUAUCCGUUAUAUCGGAUCUAUGAGUAAGCAUUAUCUAUUCGCGAAUUUAAUCGAUUGGGCCGUUCGAUCGUCUUCUUUCCUUUUUUCUUUGUAUCUUGCAUUAUCUUUUUGUUCUCUUUCUGUUAUUUUUGUAAUUCUAUUUAUUGUCCGUCGUUUCACACGCCACACCUACGCAUAAUCCUACAUUGAUAUACACGACACGCGGCACAUUACACACUUUAUACACAAUUACAGCGUGAGUUGUCGCACGCGAGCGCGCGCACGACGAAAACCGCGAGAAUUCGAGAAUGCAAGAGAAUAUAAGCGCGGACGAAUUUUCGUUUCGCAUUCGCCAUUGAGAGAUGUUUAGAUUUAAUGAAUUAUUAUUGUAAAUAUGUGUAUGCGAAAGAAUAUCGUAUGAUAAUGAUCAUGAUGAUAAGACGAUGCUGUUAACGCUGGAGAAAAGAGGGAAUUUGCGAAAGAAUCGAAAAAGACCGAGAGAACGAAAGAGGACGAGAGAGAGAGAGAGAGAGAGAGAUAUCCUUCUUAUUCCGAAUCGUAGAUAAAGAAAAAAUGAUAGAGAGAGAGGAUCCUUGAACGCAUAGGCCGCUCGAUCGACCAAUCGUUUUCGUCUUUCGUCAAACGGAUCGUCGUCCUUCCUGCACCGACCUAGAAAAGAACGAAAACAAUGAAUAAGAUCGGCCAAAAGCGAAACAAAGCGAAAGAAAAGAAAUAACUAAAACGCGUGUUUAAUGUUAUCCACUACAGUAUUGUUAAGCCUAAGUAUUACAUGCCUACGAUCCACGUCUGUUUGUCUGUCUGUCUGUUCGCGUGUCUGUUUACCGUUUGUAUACUUUUUCCUCAUACGUUAUUAAUCGCAAUAGCAUAUCACAAUGAAUAUUACGAUGAUGACGUUUUACGAACAUCAAUAGGAGACGAUUUUAUCGGCCGCAUUAACGAUUCGUCGAAAAUUUUGUUUCUGACGUUACUCCGUUUAUUUUCUAUUUUAUUUUGAAAAUCACGGACAUUUUCGUUUCCAUUCGAAAUACGUUUUUGCAACGACAGUCGAAGGCUGUAAACCGAGAACCUCAAAGACAAUCACUCGCACAUUGUAAAUUAUCCGAAGCUUUUUCUCAAAGUAGAUUGAUCGUAAACGCCAGAAUCCCGUAGCUAAUCGACUUACGUCCGAAAUAGAAGAACUUCACGCAGAUGUAUGUACAUACAAUAAUGUUCGGUUCACGGCCCGUCUCGUUCAAGAACGUACGUAAAGUUCUCUUUACGUUGUCACAUUCGUCGUAUAAUUAAUUAUAUUUUUUUUUUUUUAUUCAUCGUGCGAACUUUGAAUCGUAAAAAGCAUCAGUGGAAAUCGUCUCUCAUUGUUAAUUUCGUAAACGAUCCGUCAUCGAAUCCACAAUUGAUCACAUACACACACUUCAGCGCCAAUAAAGCGAUGCAGCAAACGUACAUAGAUCCACGUGAAUGGUACUCGUUCGUACGGACGAUAGGUGAAUACAGUAUAACAAUAAUAUAGAAACGAACUAUCGAUAGAAAAUAGACAAGGUCACUCACUGCA